CCUUGCUGAUUUACAAUGAGUAGUGGAGGUCUGCAGGUGUCUCCCUGAAAAUUCAGGGGAGUUUUGAGUACAUUGACAAUGGACCUGAUCUGGAAUUUUUCCACAGAAACCUGGGUUUUUCUGGCUCUCAGUCUCCUGCUUCUGUAUCUCUAUGGGACAUACACACACGGACAUUUUAAGAGGUUGGGUAUUCCUGGUCCCAAACCUCUGCCUUUUCUUGGGAAUCUUCUGUCCUAUCUUAAGGGCACAUGGAAGUUUGAUGCGGAGUGCUAUAAAAAGUAUGGGAAAAUUUGGGGAUUAUAUGAAGGUCGACAACCAGUCUUAUUUAUCACGGAUCCAGACAUGAUCAAAACAGUGCUUGUCAAAGAAUUUUACUCAGCUUUCACCAACCGCAAGUCAAUUCGUCCAGCGGUCUUGAUGAGAAAAUCACUGACUUCAUCUGAGGAUGAACAAUGGAAGAGAAUACGGACAUUGCUGUCUCCCACUUUCUCCAGUGGGAAACUGAAGGAAAUGUUCCCCAUUAUUGAACAGUAUGCAGAUGUGUUAUUGAAAAACCUGAAGCGAGAAGCAGAGAAAGGUGUGCCAGUACCCAUGAAAGACAUCUUUGGAGCCUACAGCAUGGAUGUGAUCACUGGCACGUCAUUUGGAGUAAAUGUUGAUUCCCUCAACAACCCACGAGAUCCCUUUGUGGAGAAAAUAAAGAAGCUCUUAAAUUUUGAUUUUUUCAAUCCAUUGAUUUUCAUAGGGCUUCUGUUUUCAUUCCUUAUCCCAGUAUUUGAGAAGCUCAAUAUAUCCGUGUUUGGAAAAGAGUCUGUACAAUUUUUCGUAAACUUUGUAAGAAGAGUAAGAGAAAAGCGUCAGGACAAUAACCAGAAGCACCGAGUGGAUUUGCUUCAAUUGAUGAUCAAUUCUCAGAAUUCCCAAGAAACGGAGUCCUAUAAAGCUCUUUCUGAUGGAGAGAUUGCAGCCCAAUCAAUUGUUUUCAUUUUUGCUGGUUAUGAGACCACUAGCAGUGCUCUUUCCUUCAUUAUGUAUGAAUUGGCCACUCACCCAGAUGUGCAGAAGAAACUGCAGCAGGAGAUUGAUGCAGCCUUGCCCAAUAAGGCACUUCCUACCUAUGAUGUUCUGGGAGAGAUGGAAUACCUGGACAUGGUGGUGAAUGAAACUCUCAGGUUAUACCCAAUUGCUACCAGAAGUCAGAGAAUCUGUAAAAAAGAUGUUGAAGUUAAUGGAGUGUUCAUUUCUAAAGGAACAGUAGUGACGGUACCAAUGUUUGUUCUUCACCAUGACCCCAAAUACUGGCAAAACAGUGAGGAUUUUCGCCCUGAAAGGUUCAGUAAGAAGAACAAGGAAAACAUUGAGCCUUAUGCAUACAUGCCCUUUGGGGCUGGACCCAGGAACUGCAUUGGCAUGAGGUUUGCACUUAUGAACAUAAAACUUGCGAUCACCAAAAUCCUGCAGAAUUUCUCCUUACAACCAUGUAAAGAAACAGAGGUCCCCUUAAAAUUGAGCAGAAAAAAUCUUCUGCAACCAGAAAAACCCAUUGUUCUGAAGGUUGUGUCAAGAAAUGGAAUCUGAAGUGGACCCUCACUUUCCAUCAGGACUUUUGCAAUGUUCCUGAAGGAUGCUAUGCUCCAAAACACCAAUUAAAUUUCUUUUGAGAAAAGAAAAAAUCAGCAAAUGCUCAACUUAAUCCACAUCCUGGGAAUGAUUACGAAUUUAGUACAUUCAUAGAGCUUGCAAGGUGUCACAUAUUAUCAGUUUUAUAAUGUAAAGAAAAUAUAUCAAUGUCACUUACUCAGAUUCAUUUUCUUUGAUACUCCUAGGAUUGUCUUCAUCCACCCGUUAGCUCAGUCCAUUUUCGAAAGUGUUGAAUAAAAUAAAUAUUUCUGAAUUUUAUCUAAAAAAUUUAAAGAUAAUGGAAUAAUGACUUGAUAGUCAAAUUUAUAUUAAAAAUUUUAUAAUACAAUCACUGAUUAUGUGCACCUGUUGUAGAUUCCAUUUGGAUUACUAGGAAAUAUGGAAUUUAAUUAUAUUUGUAAUCAUUGCUUGCAAAGUAUAUUCACAGUUUAAUUACUUUGUUUAAAAAUACAUUUUUGUGAAACUCAGACACUUACGAUAUUGUUAUUAGUUUAGAUCAAUUAGCAUUUUUCCUGAUGCUCCUGGAUGUCCAGAAAAAUAUUUUCAUUAUCUUUCUGUAUUCUUUCAGAUCCCAAUGCCUCAAUGUAAUGAACAUUGAAUUAAAAAUGAGUUGCUGGUUAAUUCAUUUGGA